ACAUUUUACACGCAACAACCAAGGGAGCCGCAUCAACAUGAAACACUACAUUAUUUUGGCCCUCGCUUCCAUUGCUGCUGCCGCGAAACUGGAGAAGGUUUAUUUGCCGCCAGACGUGGCGUCUGCUAGCGGUGCCGAUGCUGGUCUUCAAACCCCAUUUGAACCGUCAGAAAGCCAAUCAUUUGGAGGGCAAAGGCAAGGGUUCGGAGGGCAGAGGUUUACGAAUCAAGACCAGUUAAGUCUGAACUACAAUAGGCAAUCAGAGCGAUACGCAAACCAAGCUGAGAUACUGAGAUUUGAAAAUGAAAUUAACCAAGAUGGAUUCAGAUAUGCUUAUGAAACAAGUGAUGGUACUAAGGCAGAACAAGAGGGUCGCGUCAUUCCCGGUUCCCUCCCCGAGCAAGGCUCCCUCCUGGUCACCGGCUCCUAUUCCUACGUAGGUGAUGACGGCAAGACGUAUACCGUCACCUAUGUGGCUGAUGAGAAUGGUUUCCAAGCGACCGGUGAUCACCUACCCACUCCGCCACCCGUUCCUGAGGCCAUUUUGAAAAGCCUACAACUGAUUAACUCUAAUGGAAUUUACAGCAGUCAAAAAAGUAGUUAUGAUGCUGAUGCCGGCUUAUAAAUUUGUUUAUUAUUAGACUGAAAUUAAAAAUGUAAAUUAGCUAUUACGCGGGCAGAACACUUUGCUGCAAAAUUUGACAAGGCGCUUUUAAUUUUAAUAUCCUUUGACGUUGCGAUUAAUUUGUCCCAUUGAUUCAAUUUAAAGAAAUCAUUUUUUAUUGAUUGUAUAUAAGAGAAAUUGCUAUACAUUUUUGAAAAUUGCCCAAUUCAUGUACGUCAGUAAACAACGGUUUUGAAUUAAAAUACAACAAAAACGAUUACUACAUAAAUAAUUAAAUAAAGGU